AUGAGAAACCAUACAAUAACAACAUUUAUCCUGCUGGGACUGACUGAUGAUCCACAACUGAAGGUUGUGAUUUUCAUCUUUUUAUUUCUCACUUACAUGUUGAGUGUAACUGGGAACCUGACAAUCAUCUCCCUCACCUUCAUGGAUUCACACCUUAAAACUGCCAUGUACUUCUUCCUACAAAAUUUCUCGUUUUUAGAAAUCUCAUUUACAUCUGCCUGUAUUCCCAGAUACCUGUACAACAUAUCAACAGGUGACAAGACAAUUACAUAUAACAACUGUGCCAUUCAAAUUUUUUUUACUGAUCUUUUUGGUGUAACAGAAUUUUUUCUCCUUGCCACCAUGUCCUAUGACCGAUACGUGGCCAUCUGCAAACCCCUGCAUUAUGUGACCAUCAUGAACAACCAGAACUGUAGAAAACUCAUUCUUUGUUGCUGGACAGCUGGCUUGCUGAUCAUACUCCCACCCCUUAGCCUGGGUCUAAAUCUGGAAUUCUGUGACUCUAAUGUUAUCGACCAUUUUGUCUGUGAUGCAUCCCCGCUCCUAAAGAUCUCUUGCUCAGAAACAUGGCUCAUAGAGCAGAUGGUCAUAGGCUGUGCUGUGUUGACCUUUAUCAUGACCCUUGUAUGUGUAGUUCUAUCCUACGUAUACAUCAUUAAGACCAUUCUACAAUUUCCUUCUGCCAAGCAAAGGAAAAAGGCAUUUUCUACCUGCUCUUCCCACAUAAUUGUGGUCGCCAUCACCUAUGGAAGCUGCAUCUUCAUCUAUGUUAAGCCUUCAGCAAAGGAAUCAGUGGCUAUUAACAAGGGUGUGACAGUCCUCACUACUUCCAUUGCCCCUAUGCUGAAUCCUUUUAUUUACACUUAA